CGAUCCGAAUAAAUUCGCGUCGAGUUUAAGGAGAGGAGGCGCUCAGCUGGCCUGGAACCGGUCAGAUUGGCUUUGUCCAGGCACGGACACGCAUGAGGAGGUGACAGGCUCGCUUGUGCCGCGCUCAAGUCAGAACAAGAGCAGAGAGCGAACUGCUACGUCUGCGUGCACGGACAAGGGGGACAGGCAGCAAGACCACGUCUAUCGGUAGCUGUCCAGCAUAGAUUGUACAUCGCCUGGCUGCUCAUCCGUCUACGCGGACACUCGCUAGACUCGUGCUGACACCCGUCAGCUGCCUUCGCUCAUACACGCUGCCCGAGCAGUCCCACGCUUGAUGCCGUUCUAUAGUCGCAAUAAGCGAGCCGCCGACGCUCCUGCCCAGCCCAGCAGCAUCAUCUCUAGUCCAGGAUAUGCUGGCGCCCCUUCACCUGUUCAGCCAGGCAGCAGGAGCGGGCCUAGCAACAUCUCGCUUCCGACAUCCUACUCUGCACCGGGCGGACUGGCUCAGAUGCAGCAGCCGGGCUCGGCGGGCUAUGAGGCUAACGUGAAGCGCAAGACCAUGUUGCCCUCGCCUCCUCGCUCGCCGGACAGAUACGCCCAGAUACAUCGUCCCAAUCCCUCCACACCAUCACACGGGCACCAUCUCGCGCCGUCACAUCACACGCCCUCGCCCGCUCGCGAAUACGAGCGCGACGAGCGAGAUCGACAGUUCUCUAACCUGUCCUCCGGCAGCGCCUCGUUCGCCAAGAGCUCGCGCUACGACUCGGGCUAUGGCGGAGACCAUAUGAAUGCCUAUCGUGACUCGCCGGCUGACGGCGCUGGGCGGUAUCGUGCAAGCGAAUCGAGCGGUCAUUCGACAGAUCCCGGCACAGACCAGUACGGUCACCAUCGUCAUGAGGUCGAUCAUGGUCAUCUCGACAGCAGCCAAACUCUUGUCGGCCAGCACAGACACGCUCCCAGGGGCGCCGGCAGGCUCAGUAGUGGCGCCACCGGCAUGGACAGCGACUAUGAGGGUGACCUGACCCAAACGAGGGCAAGCAGAGGCUCUUCGGGCGGACUUAGGAGCCUCGGCAUGCGCCUGCAAUCACAGCAGCUGCAUGGCGCUUCUUCUCCUUCCAGCUCGCUGUCUCAGUCAAAUCCUCAAUUACCCGCCAACACGCUCAACCCUGCUCGAGCGACCUUGACGUCAAACACAUAUCACUCUGGCUCAGACUCUGACGCGAGAUCCCUGCAAACGUCCUCAUUGCACUCUACCGCAAGACAUCAUGGCAUGGAUCACGAAGCUGAUCGUAGCUCGUCUGCCGCCACCACUAUCAGUUCAGGUAGCUCCCUGGGCCAGCAUUCGCUACCUUUACCAAUACCCUCUGGCAACGUCUCGAUCAAGGACAAUGGCAGGCAGAUCUAUUCGAGCUCAGCAGGAUCGGUAUCGAUGCACGAUGCGGGCCAAGAUGACGAUGCUGCUCGUCGGGCGAGCGCAAUGCAAGGUGUCGAGCAGGCCGCCCCAGCAUCACAACCUAUCGCGAAUCAGAUCACGCCUGCCAAGCCUGCUCCCUCAUCCGUGCCCGUCUCUGUCACUCGAUCGGUUGCGAGUGCUGCCACCGUCACCCUUUCGCCAUCUCUAUCCACAACUUCUUCACGGCGAUCUACCUCUUCACGCUAUGCACUCACCGAUUUCAACUUUGUCAAGACGCUCGGCACGGGCUCAUUCGGCCGCGUGCAUCUCGUUCGAUCGUGCCACAACAAGCGACACUACGCUGUCAAAGUGCUCAGCAAAGAACGCGUCGUCAGAAUGAAGCAAGUCGAACACACCAAUUCUGAGCGAGAGAUGCUCGAGCGAGUCCGCCAUCCGUUCCUCGUCAAUCUUUGGGGCACCUUCAAGGAUUCUCGCAAUCUCUACAUGGUCAUGGACUUUGUGUCUGGUGGCGAGCUUUUCUCGCUUUUGCGAAAAUCACAACGCUUUCCGGAUCCCGUAGCCAAGUUCUUUGCGGCAGAGGUCGCGCUAGCACUCGACUACUUGCACAGUCUAGACAUUAUUUAUCGCGACCUCAAGCCGGAGAAUAUCUUACUUGGCGCCGACGGUCACAUCAAGAUCACCGACUUUGGCUUCGCCAAAUACGUGCCGGACAACACCUGGACACUUUGCGGCACGCCAGACUACCUUGCCCCAGAAAUCGUGCAAUCCAAGGGUUACAAUAAGUCGGUCGAUUGGUAUGCGUUGGGCGUUUUGAUGUUCGAAAUGCUUGCGGGAUGGCCGCCCUUCUUCACAGAGGAUACGAACCCGAUGCGGCUCUACGAACGCAUCAUUGCAGGUAAAAUUCGAUACCCGUCUCAUUUCUUGCCGGAUGCGAAGGACUUGCUCCGCAACUUACUCACCUCUGAUCUCACCAAGCGAUUCGGCAAUCUUGCCAAUGGUUCAUCAGACAUUUUCGGCCACGCGUGCGUUCGCUGGCUGAGCAUGGUACGAAGCUAACCAACGAGGUGCAGCUUUUUCAAAGAAGUCGACUUUCAGCGGCUGUAUCGCAAGGAGAUCCCAGCGCCCUAUGUACCUCGCGUAGAGGGUGACUGGGAUUCGAGCAAUUUUGACAACUACGCAGAGAUCGACAUCUCAGACUACGGACAGGCGGGCGAGGACAUUCACGGUCAUCUGUUCCCGCUCUUCUGAUGAAUCGCCUCGGGCGAACACAUGCAAAGAAAGACUGCAGCCUUUUGUAUCAUUAUCAUGGGAGCGCGCGAAUGCAGACUGUCUGUAUGGUCCCUAACGUGCAAUUCGUGGAUUCCAACUUAUCUAUAGAUGAGCAAGGACGGCUUCUUUCGAAGACACGUUGACAUCACUGGGCGAAUCUUCGACGCCAAUGUAGGCGACUUUGAGGUCAUCGAUGAUCAUUGCAAACCGCGCCGAGCGGACACCGA